AUGGAUAAGUUGAUAGCCCCGCUCGUAGGCCAGGCCAGGGCGGUGAGGGCCGGAGUUGCCAGGCAGGCGCUCGGCGCGACCGGCGGCGUUAGGCACGUCGCGACUUCUGCCGGCGCGGCCAUCGCGGACAGCGGAUACGUACUCAAGCCAGUGCCGGGAGAAACCGGCCGCUACUACCUGGCGUUCGCGAAAGACAAAAUGGAGGCGCUCAAGGAUCUGUCGUUCAUCGACUUCACCAAACAGAACAAGGUGCAGAAGGACGAGUUUCUAUUAAGUGUGGAGUCUGCAAAGACGAUGUUUGACUUCAUGUCGCCGGCGACGCUGGAAAUCAUCGCGCUGAACAAGAAGUUUGCCGAGCAGCCCUCCGAAGACACGCUGAAGCAGCUCAAGGAGCAGCCAGAGCUCGACGACAACUACCUGAUGAUAGUCAAGAUGGAGUGA